AUGGAGUCAGCAAGGACGGACAGCUGCAGCCGGGGAGCUGCCUCUCAGGGAAGAUGCCUGCCCUUCUCACGCCCUUCUGUCUCCACAGAUCUGUCCUGUGAUGUGGCUGCGGCUACCACCCCAAAGGGGGACCGGCUGGAGCACUGUGCCCUGACAUCUGGGCCCAGCGCCCUGGCUCUCGCGUUCCUGCACGGCAAGCCUGGUGCCCGGCCCCCGCCUGAGGGAGCCAGCUGGGAUGCAGGGCCGGGCCGCGCCCCUUCAGCCUGGGCGGUGCAGGCAGAGGGCGGCCCCAGCCCAGGGCCUGCCGAGGUUCGGCCUACUACUGAAGGUCCUCUCCCAGCCUCCCUGGAGCCCCGAAUUGUAAUGGGCGAGGAGACGCGCCAGGCAGCCCCACUGCCCAGGGCAACCGUGCCGGAGCUCAGGGACUGGGAGGGUGGGCAUGCUAACCUGAACCCACCCCCCGAGUUGUGUUCUCAGGGUGACCCUGCUGUGCCUUUCCCUUCCCCAGACCCCGAUUCCUACUUCACGCCUCCCUCCACCCCCACCAAGACAGCCUCCACCCUGCUCCCUGGCCCCGGGCCCCACAGGGACGCCCAGGAUGCCCAGGCUGAGCCAGGGGACUCGCUGCCAGCCUCGCCCACUGGCUCAUACAUCACGGCAGACGGGGACAGCUGGGCCUCAUCCCCAUCCUGCUCUCUGAGCCUGCAGGCCCUGGCCGAAGGGCUGGAUGUACCCUCAGGCUGGGGCUUCUCUCCACCUGGGUCUGUGGUCGAUGAGAGGGAGCUGCCCCCUGCCGGGACCCCGGACAGCUCGUCCCCAGAGUCCAGCCUCUCAGCAGACAGCAGCUCUUCCUGGGGCCAGGAGGGCCACUUCUUCGAGCUGGACUUCUUGGCCAACGACCCAAUGAUCCCUGCUUACCUCCUGCCCUUCCAGGGCAGCCUGAUUUUCCAGGUGGAGGCGGUAGAGGUGACACCCCUGCCCCACGAGGAGGAGGAAGUGGAGGAGGAGGAGCACGAAGAGGAGCAGGAGGUCCCCCUCCCCAGAGGGGACCUAGCCGGGGAAGGCGAGGAUGAUAGCACAUUUGCAUCCUCUCUGCAGUCGCUGUCCGACCUGUCCAUCACCGAGGGCGUGGACGAGGCCUUCGCCUUCCGGGAUGACACCUCGGCUGCUUCCUCUGACCCCGACUCGGCCUCCUACACGGGGGCUGAUGAUGAGAGGCUGUACAGCGGAGAGCCCCAUGCACAGCCCACCACACUGCUCCAGGACAGCCCUGGGGAGGCUGCCUCCUGGGGCCCAGAGCUCGCUCUUGGGGUGUCCGAGGGAGAGGCUGGCCAGGCUGCCAAGAGUCAGGAACCCACCUCCAAGAUAAUGAGGGUGGGUCCCGCUGCAGCCCAGGUGUCUUCUCCUGCUAUGGCCCCUCACAUCCCACAGGAAUCUCUGGACCUCACUGGGGUGAGCCCUCAGGCCCAGGGAGAAGAGCCAGGCUUCACCAUGGGACCAGUACCUGUUGCCCCAGUCCCAUCUCAGCCUCUGCAGGAGGGAGACACUGCUACUUUAGGCCCAGAGCCCUGGAUUUUGAAGGGAGAAGCAGACCUCAACUCUCUGCAAACCCUGAAGGAAGACACAGGCCAGGAGUUUGCCGCUGCAACCAUCCCUGAACCCCAGCCAGAAGUGGAUCCAGCAGCAUUCCCACAUCUGCAGGACGCAGGUUUCCCCUUGGCCCAGGAAUCUGCCUCCAAGACCAGCCCUGAGCCCCAUCUGGAAGAAGAGGACCUGACAGCAUCCUCACCCCUCCAGGAUGCAGGUCUCCCUUUGGUCCAGGGAUCUGCCUCUGAGGUCAGCCCUGAGACCCAGUCAGAAGAAGAAGAUCUGACAGCAUCCUCACCCCUGCAGGAUGCAGGUCUUCCCUUGGUCCAGGGAUCUGUAUCUGAGGUCAGCCCUGAGCCCCAAUCAGAAGAAGAGGACCUGACAGCAUCUCUGCCCCUGCAGGAUGCAGGUCUCCCCUUAGUCCAGGGACCUGCCUCCGAGCCCAUCCCUGAGCCCCAAUCAGAAGAAGAUCUGACAGCAUCCUUACCCCUGAAGGAUGAAGGUCUCCCCUUGGUCCAGGGAUCUGCCUCUGAGGCCAGCCUGGAGCGCCAGUCAGAAGAAGAUCUGACAGCAUCCUUACCUCUGAAGGAUGAAGGUCUGCCCUUGGUCCAGGGAUCUGCCUCCAAGGCCAGCCCUGAACCCCAGUCAGAAGAAAAUCUAACAGCAUCCUCACCCCUGCAGGAUACAGGUCUCUGCUUGGUCCAGGGAUCUGUCUCUGAGGUCAGCCCUGAACCCCAGUCAGAAGAAGAAGAUCUAAGAGCAUCCUCACCCCUGCAGGAUGCAGGUCUCCGCUUGGUCCAGGGAUCUGUCUCUGAGGCCAGCCCGGAGCCCCAGUCGGAAGAGAACCUGACAGCAUCCUCAACCCUGAAAGAUGCAGGUCUCCCCUUGGUCCAGGGAUCUGCCUCCGAGGCCAGCCUGGAGCCCCAGUCAGAAGAAGAUCGCACAGCCUCCCCACCCCUGCAGGAUGCAGGUUUCCCCUUGGUCCAAGGAUCUGCUUCUGAGGCCAGCCCUGAGCACCAGUCAGAAGAUCUGAAAACAUCCUCACCCCUACAGGAUGCAGGACUUCCCUUGGUCCACGAAUCUGCCUCUGAGACAAGCCCUGAGCCCGAGUCAGAAGAAGAGGACCUGACAGCCUCCCCACCCCUGCAGGACGCAAGUCUCCCUUUGGUCCAGGGAUCUGCCUCCGAGGCUAGCCCUGAUCCCCAGUCAGAAGAUCUGACAGUAUCCUUACCCUUGAAGGAUGCAGAUCUCCCCUUGGUCCAGGAAUUUUCCUCUGAGGUCAGCCUGGAACCCCAGUCCGAGAAGGACCUGACAGUAUCCCCACCCCUGCAGGACACAGGUCUCCACUUGGUCCAUGGAUCUGCCUCCGAGGCCAGCCCUGAGCCCCAGUCAGAAGAAGAGUACCUGACAGCAUCCUUACCCCUGAAGGAUGCAGAUCUCCCCUUGGUCCAGGGAUCUGCCUCCAAAGCCAGCCUGGAGCCCCAAUCAGAAGACCUGACAGCAUCCCCACCCCUGCAGGAUGCUGGUCUCCCCUUGGUGCAGGGAUCUGCCUCCGAGGUCAGCCCUGAGCCCCAGUCAGAAGAAGAGGACCUGAAAGCAUCCUCACCCCUGCAGGAUGCAGGUCUCCCCCUGGCCCAGGGAUCUGCAUCUGAGGUCAGCCCUGAGCCUCAGUCAGAAGAUCUGACAGCAUCCCCGCCCCUGCAGGAAGCAGGUCUCCACUUGGUCCAGGGAUCUGCCUCUGAGGCCAGCCCUGAGCCCCAGUCAGAAGAAGAAGUGACAGCGUCUCCAUCCCUACAGGAUGCAGGUCUCCCCUUGGUCCAGGAAUCUGCCUCUGAAGCCAGCCCUGAGCCCCAAUCAGAAGAGGACGAUCUAAGAGCAUCCACACCCCUGCAGGAUGCUGGUCUCCCCUUGGCCCAGGGAUCUAUCUCUGAGGCCAGCCUGGAGCCCCAGUCAGAAGAGGAUCUGACAGCAUCCCCGCCUCUGCAGGACACUGGUCUUGCCUUGGUCCAGGGAUCUGCCUCUGAGGCCAGCCCAGAGCCCCAGUCAGAAGAGGAUCUGACAGCAUCCCUGCCUCUGCAGGACACAGGUCUGCCUUUGGUCCAGGGAUCUGCCUCCGAGGUCAUCCCUGAGCCCCAGUCAGAAGAAGAGGACCUGACAGCAAUCCUGCCCCUGCAGGACGCAGAUCUGCCUUUGGUCCAGGGAUCUGCCUCCGAGGCCAGCCUGGAGCGCCAGUCAGAAGAGGACCUGACAGUAUCCCCGCCCUUGCAGGACGCAGGUCUGCCCUUGGUCCAGGGAUCUGCCUCCGAGGCCAGCCCUGAGCCCCACUCAGAAGAAGAGGAUCUGAUAGCAUCCCUGCCCCUGCAGGACACAGCUCUCCCCUUGGUCCAGGGAUCUGCCUCCAAGGCCAGCUCAGAGCCCCAGUCAGAAGAGGACCUGACAGCCUCCCCACCCCUGCAGGAUGCAGGUCUCCCCGUGGUCCAGGAAUCUGCCUCCGAGGCCAGCCAGGAGCUCCAGUCAGAAGAAGAGGAGCUGACAGCCUCCCCACCCCUGCAGGAUGCAGGUCUCCCCUCCAGUCAAGUAUCUGCCACCAGUGCCAGCCCUCAGGCCCUUAUGACUGACACAGGCUGUACCCAAGGGACAGAACCCACAGUCACUGCAGCCCGUAGGAAAGGAAGAAAGACCCUGGGACUAAGGCCAGCGCCUGAGGAAAGAGACCCAGACCACACUGGAGGCUCAGACUCUCUGGCCUUGGAUCAGAUACAUCUGGGUGGCCCAGACCUACCUGCAGAUGCUCGGACACCCUUGGAGGGAGAUGCAGGCCCCUCCAAGCCUGCCACAGAGAUCCCAGACAUACCUGAGCCUUUCACAGCUGCCCAAGAUCCCCCAAAGCCUGACUCCAGUGGGGAGGAAGUAGCCGAGGGCAUUUUGGCACCUGAGCAGGAAGCCUUUCAUGAUGUCUGUGCACAUGGGGGUGAUGGAGCCGAGUCCAGUUCACCCUCAAAGAAAGCCCUGGGGGCUGAGCACCAGGGGCAUGAGGCCCUAAAGCCAGUGGUUCAUGGCCCAGGGGUGUGUCCCACUGCCAGCCUGGAGGUUGGCCAGUUGGGGCCCCCAAGCCCAGUGGAGGAGGGAAGGGCCACUCUUGGGCACAGGCUUCCCAUGGCUGUGGGCUCAGAGGCUGGGCUGGGCUCCUGCUCAGAGUCUCCUUCAAGAGCUGUGCCCAGGCUGGGAGGGCACUGUGCCAAAGAUCCUGCCCCAACAUCUCCACUGCCCUUGAGGCAGCCAAAGCCUGUGCUGGGCCCAGGCAGGGGAGAGCAGGCCCAGGCAGCACUUGGAGUCCUUGGCCCGUCCCCACUGCAGCCUCCAGAAAGCCCCAUAGGGGGCCUGCCCAGUGCACCCCAAGACAGGAUCCAGAGCCCUGAGCCCCCUGCUCCUGGUGCCCUCAUGGAGGCAGUCCCAACCCCCCUGGCAUCCCCUGCCCCCUGCCCUUGCCGGGGCCCCCGGGAAGACUUGGUGGAGGGCGCGGAGCCCCUGGGCUCUCCGGGCCACCCACCACCUCGGCCAAGAGCCCAGCGGGCGGUGGCUGCCUCCUCAGGGAUCACAACCCCUCCUGGGGCUGGGCAGGUCAGCCUCCCACCCCACCCCACCCUCCUCAGCCCCAAGGCAGCCCCCAAGAGGGGUACCCAUGCCAAAGACCCGGCCUCGAGGCUCUCGCCCCCUCGCCAAGUGCCUCCGGGCCCCGGGCCCCGGAGCCCAGCCGGCCCUCGAGCGCUCCCAGCCACUGAGCAGCAGGAUGACGGCGACAGUUUGGAGGAAGACUCGCCCCGCGCUCUGGGCUCCGGCCAGCACUCGGACAGCCAUGGGGAGUCAUCAGCUGAGCUGGAGGAGCAGGACCUCCCAGGACCGCAGACCGCACAGUGCCCAGUCCAGGCCCCGGCCGGCAGCGGGAGCGAGGAGACAGUCGCCAAAGCCAAGCAGAGCCGCAGUGAAAAGAAGGCCCGAAAGGCAAUGUCCAAGCUGGGCUUACGACAGAUCCAGGGGGUCACCAGGAUCACCAUCCAGAAGUCCAAGAACAUCCUCUUUGUCAUUGCCAAGCCCGACGUCUUUAAGAGCCCAGCCUCAGACACCUACGUGGUCUUCGGCGAGGCCAAGAUCGAGGACCUGUCGCAGCAGGUGCACAGGGCUGCGGCCGAGAAGUUCAAGGUGCCCUCGGAGCCCUCCGCCCUGGUGCCCGAGUCAGCGCCUGGGCCGAGGGCGAGACCCGAGUGCGAGCAGGAGGAGGAGGAGGAGGAGGAGGAAGAGGUGGAUGAGGCAGGACUGGAGCUGCGCGACAUCGAGCUGGUGAUGGCGCAGGCCAAUGUGUCAAGGGCCAAGGCCGUGCGGGCCCUGAGGGACAACCAGAGUGACAUCGUCAACGCCAUCAUGGAGCUGACAAUGUAGUUGCUGACCAGAGACCUGGCUCCACCCCUGCCCCCUAGCUCUGCUGCUCAAUAAAGUGGUGUCCCUUCAUCGCCUCUCGGCUCCUCCAGCACAGGCUCUGGCUAAAUAGAUUGCAGGAGGUGUGCAGACACUUCCUGAAGCCACACAGGUCCCAAGGAGGGUGGUGGUCCCUCCCCCGAGUCCCAGGGAAUCCACCUUGCCCAGGGAUUGUGGACAGCCCAGUCACUUGGCUGUAGUCCAAGGCAUGGGCCUGGGAAUAACAGUUUCUGGAAGGAACUCCCCAGAUGCAGGGGCCCCCGAGCUGGAGGAGCUGCGGGAAGUAGCGUCUCUCAGGCUAACAGCACAAUCUCCCGAAGUUCCUGGCCCCUCCCUGUGGCCCAACUCUAAGAGUUACCAUCCUCUCCCUGUCCUCUCUCUCCUACAAAGUCCCGGGACCCGCAGGGUGGAGGUGAUGUCCCAGGACAAAAGAGGGAGACCACUGAGGGACCACAUGUGGGUGGAGCCCCUAGAGAAGAGCAGCAGUCCUGACCAUCACAGAAGGCUCAUGGGACACGAGGUCCCCACUGUUCACAAGCACAGGGUGGGCUAUGGAAGGGAUGGCCCCUGGCCCACGUGGCUAUCUUUAGCUGUUCCAGAUGCUUCCAGGGCAGGUUGAUUUGCACACACACCUAGAGAUGGCAUCUACCAACUGUCUCCCUUAGCUCUGCCCAGCCCGGGCCCAGAGCCAGCACCUGGUCCGCCAGGGCCAGAAUGAGGUCUGAGAUCCCUCCUCCAGUCCUACCCCUUGUCAGCGGGUAGGGAGCCUAGGGGACUGCAGACCCCUGCCUGGUUCCCACAGGGCUGGACAGAGAGCCCACAUCCCUGUCCUCCCUCCCAGGGGCUCAGGUACCCACCCUGCUGAGCCCAGGGCUUCUUGCCUAUGCAGUCAGGAGCCUCAAGGUGUGGAGGUAUCUUGGGGGUGAGGAGGGAGUCCCAGAGCUGGGCCUCCCCGCACCUGCACUGCAGUGCCAGGCCCCAGCCUCCAGGCUGACGGCCCUGAGGUCACCCCCAUGACCUCCCCAUGUUCCAAGGACACAGGAGGGGCCCCGCCCGGGGGGACCAAGGCCAAGGGAUUUGACAGGCCCCCACUGGCCUCCCUGAUGACCAGGGGGACCCUGGGCUCCAAGAUGCCAUGCUCUCAGGGUGAGGAUGGCACUUCUGGUGAAGACAUGGUGUGCAGGUUUGCUGUCAACCACCAUGACGGUCAAUGUGGCCUGGGGUCAUGGGCACGGAUGAAGGGCUGAAGGACAGCGAGCCCCUCGGAGAGCCCAGUGCUCAUGUCCACAUGUGCUCAGGACACCUGCUCCCUGCCCUGUGUCCACACCCAAAUCAGGCCCUCCCUGGAGGUGUCGGGCACAAGUGUUCAGUCCACCAUGCCCCGCCAGGGCAUGUGGGUCUGAGACAGAGGCCAGACAGGAGUCCCCAGCUCUUAUCCCACUGGAGCAGAAACACAAUGGCAACCAGAGAUAAAUUAUUCACAUUGCAGUAAACUUCUUUUAAGGUC